AUGGGCUCCCGGAGGGCCCCCAGCCGGGCCUGGGGCGCGGGCGGCGGCCGGGCCUGGGCCCGGGGCGAGCGCGAGGACGACGGCCCCGUGUGGACGCCCAGCCCCACCAGCCGCAGUUACCUGCUGGGGGUGCGGCCGGAGACCAGGAGCACCUUCUGCUCCAUCAUUGCUCAGCUCACAGAGGAGACCCAGCCAGUAUUCGAGACCACACUCAAGUCCCAAGCUGUGUCCAAGGACAGCGACGUCAGGUUCACCUGCAUCAUCACAGGGUACCCAGAGCCAGAGGUGACCUGGUACAAGGACGACACAGAGCUGGACCGCUACUGUGGCUUGCCAAAAUAUGAGAUCACGCACCAGGGCAAACGGCACACACUGCAGCUCUACAGGUGUCAAGAAGAAGAUGCUGCCAUCUACCAGGCCUCCGCCCGCAACACCAAGGGCAUCGUGUCCUGCUCGGGGGUUCUGGAGGUGGGCACCAUGACCGAGUACAAGAUCCACCAGCGCUGGUUCGCCAAGCUGAAGUGCAAGGCCGAGGCAAAGAUGCGGGAGAUGGAGCAGAGCUGGAAGCGCGGGAAGGAGGUGGUGGGAGAGGCGGACACUCUGCGCAAGCUCAGCCCCGACCGCUUCCAGCGAAAGCGGCGGCUGAGUGGGGCUGGGAUGCCAGUCCCCGCCGCCCCCAGCAGGGAGGCUGAGGACAGGACCUCCGCAGCUUGGCAGGAGGGGGAGCCUGAGCCCGGUCAGCACCCAGGUUUGAGCCUGAUCAACAGCUUUGCCCCCGGAGAGGUGACCACCAAUGGAGAUGCUGUCCCUGAGAACGGGGAGGACGGGGAUCACGGCCUAUUGACAUACAUCUGUGAGGCCAUGGUCCUGGGGCCUCAGAGAGCCCCCCAAAAGGAGUCUGGGGCCAAGAAGAAAAAGAAAGACGAGGAACCUAAGCCAGGCCUGCGGAAGCCAGAGUUAGAGAAGGCAGCUCGAGGGCACCGCUCUGAAAACUGCGCCCCUAGUUCAGACACGCCUGACGCCUGCGGGACACAGGGGCCCAUGGACGCGGAGCAGAUCCAGGCCUGGUCCAGAGGCCGGGCUGCACGGGGGCCUGGGGCCUCUGGAGUAGAAAGCACCAGGAAGCCAGCCUCUGCCGUGGGCUCUCCAGACCAGGCCCAGAAUGCCCCAGCCCCUGUCCCAGGCCCAGACCAGGAAGUCUAUUUCUCCCUGAAGGACAUGUAUCUGGAGAGCACGCAGGCGGUCAGGCCUCAGGGGGAAGAAGGCUACCACACACAGAGCGGCAGGGAGUCUAGAGAGAUGCCCUCAGGGAAGGUGCCCAGUGAGGCAAAAAGUGAGACGGGGCCUCCGGCCCCUGGCCAGCCGAUACCUCCAGCCCCUCAGCCAGCAAGGCCUUUCAACCGGAAGAGGUUUGCCCCUCCGAAGCCCAAAGGGGAGCCCACCACCAACAGCAAGCCUGAUGCUCCCCUGAAUCCACUUUCUGAACCCGGAGCCCAGAGCUUAGGGAAGGCUCCACCCCAGGCUUCUGCCCAGGUGCCCACACCUCCUGCCCGGCGGAGAUACGGCACCAGGGACAGCCCCUUGCAGGGACAAGCAGGACGUGGGACUCCAGGAGAGGUCCCGGAGUCCCAGGCAGCCAUGGCUCCCACUAUAUCGGCCAGCGGCAGCACUGGUACAGCCUCUGCUGGUGGCAGCACCCCCAGGAGUCAGGGCGUCAUGGAGCCCAUGGACACAGAAACUCAGGAGAGCAGCACAUAUGCUGACUGGAGACAUGGAGGCACGAAGAAUUCAGAGACGGAUGGGAAGAUGCAGGUGGACGCGAGGACACAGGCAGACAGGAAGACACAGGUGGACAUUGUGGCACAUGAAAGCGAGAGGACAGAGUCAGGCAGGCGUGCCCAGAAGGAUGUGGUAGGACAGGGAAGGACAGGGACACAGGAAGACAGGAAGACACAGGCAGGUGAGAAGACACAGGAAGACAGGAUACAGGAAGACAGGGGGACACAGUCAGAGAAGCGUGUACCCAUAGCCACUAAAGUUCAGUCCGAGAAGUCAGUGACCAACCUCAGCCCACAGUCCAGAGCCCCUGAAGGCUCCCUUUCAGAGGAUCCCACUUCUCAGAUGAUUGCAAGGUCCUCUGUCCCAGAAAAACCUGGCUUCGCGCUCAGAUCUGGGGAGGCAGCAGAGACGGCCUCUGGUAACCAAGAGGAAACAGGGGGCCUCAGGCUCCCAGCACAGCUGCUUCCUGAGGUGCAGACGGGAGGAGGGAGGUGUUGGGGGCCGGAGUGGCCAGGCCCGGCCAAGGACAAGCUGGAGGAUAGCCUGUUCCAGCGCCCCAAGGAGGAGCAGCCGGGGGAGGUGCUGUCUGUGGGUGUGGGGGGCGCUCCUCCCGCAGGCCUGAGCCCAAACGUGCCUACUCUGCCUUCUCCUGCUGGCACUGGCCUGACCCACAGCUCCCAGCAGGGGCUGCCCAGCACCCCCACUUCUCAGCGCAUGCGUGCAGCUGCCAUCUUGCCCGCUGGGGACCAGGCCUCGCUGAGUUCUGCACCCUCAGUGCACCUGGGGCCUGGGACCCCCACCCAGAAUCACCCACCAGAAACCAGAGCAGCCAGCAGUGAGGGAGCCUGCGCCAAGAUGUCAGAUGGGGAAGGAAGGCCCACAGGCGCCCAGAGCUGCGACCCUGGCCUCAUAGAUUCCCUGAAGAAUUACUUGCUUCUCCUGCUGAAGCUGUCCAGCAAAGAGACGAGUGGAGGGGGCACCAAGUCCCAGGAAGGAGCUGCCCACAGGGGUUUGGCGCCCUCACCCACGCUGGCCCCCACUCUGGAAGUGGCCGGUCUGAGCCCGCAGACAUCACGGCGCAUCCUGGAGCGUGUGGAAAACGACAAUCUGGUGCAGAGCGCACAGACGCUGCUGCUCAGCCCCUGCACCUCCCGCCGCAUCACCGGCCUCCUGGACCGUGAGGUGCAGGCUGGCCAGCAGGCCCUGGCCGCUGCCCGGAGCCCUGGCUCCAGCCCCCUCGCCGUGCCUGCCAUCGUGGUAGGCGAGGAGGACCCUGGGCUGACCUCAGGAGAGUCCAGUAAGGGUGAGGGAGAGGUUCCCCUUGAGAGGCCUGGUCUCCUGGGAACCUCUCAGGAGAGCGGUGUCGGGGAGGCAGGUGGGCAGGGAGCCUUCAGUCAGGAGCCCCUCUCAGCAGAGAGCAGAGCCCAGGAACCCUCCCGAGGGGAGGACCUCCCACCGGAGGCGCCAGCAGGUCUCCCUGCAGCCACCCCUGAGGAACUGGCCCUGGGGGCGCGGAGGAAGCGGUUUCUCCCCAAGGCCAGAGCAGCGGGGGAUGGGGAGGCAGCCAAGCCCGAAGAGAGGGAGAGCCCCACGGUGUCCCCCCGGGGCCCCAGAAAGGGCCUCACACCUGGGUCCCCAGGGACCCUGGGGCGGGAGAAGCGCUCUCCUACCCAGGGCCGAAAGGCAGGCCUGCUGGAGGUGCCCCGGGCAGAGGAGGAGCAGGCAGCAGGAGACCCGGGCCCCAGCCCCAAGCCCAGCGAGCCGGAUGCAGAGCUGAGCCUGGAGGAAGACAAGCAGGAAAGCCCAGGCAAGCCGAGGAAAGCCAAGGACCUGCUCAAAGCCCCACAGGUAAUUAGAAAGAUUCGAGUGGAGCAGUUUCCUGACGCCUCGGGGAGCCUGAAGCUCUGGUGCCAGUUUUUCAACAUUCUUAGUGACUCAGUCUUGACUUGGGCCAAGGAUCUGCACCCAGUGGGCGAAGUGGGCAGGAGCGCAGGGGACGAGGGGCCGGCGGCCUUGGCCAUUGUGCAGGCGUCCCCCGUGGACUGUGGCAUGUACCGAUGCACCAUCCACAAUGAGCACGGCUCGGCCUCCACUGACUUCUGCCUCAGCCCCGAGGUGUUGUCAGGAUUCAUCUCCAGAGAAGAAGGUGAAGUUGGAGAAGAGAUUGAAAUGACUCCCAUGGUGUUUGCUAAGGGUCUGGCUGACUCUGGCUGCUGGGGAGACAAGCUCUUUGGGCGCCUGGUGAGCGAGGAUCUACGAGGGGGUGGACAUAGGUACAGCCUUCGGAAGGCCUCCCGGGCCAAGGUCAUCUACGGGCUGGAGCCUAUCUUCGAGUCAGGCCGCACGUGUGUCAUCAAGGUGUCCAGCCCGCUGGUGUUUGGGCCCAGCAGUGAGACUUCCCUCCUGGGCAGGAACUAUGAUGUCACCAUUCAGGGGUGCAAGAUCCAGAACAUGAGUCGGGAGUAUUGCAAAAUCUUCGCAGCGGAAGCCCGGGCUGCACCUGGCUUUGGGGAGGUGCCUGAGAUCAUUCCACUGUACCUGAUCUACCGGCCUGCAAACAAUAUCCCAUAUGCUACGCUGGAGGAGGACCUGGGCAAGCCCCUGGAACCUUAUUGUUCCCGGGAAUGGGGCUGUGCUGCCGCACCAGCAUCAGGCAGCUCGGAGGCCGUACAGAAGUGCCAGGCCUUCCAGCACUGGCUGUACCUGUGGACAAAUGGCAGCUUCCUGGUCACAGAUCUGGCAGGGGUUGACUGGAAGAUGACUGAUGUGCAGAUUGCCACCAAGCUGCGAGGAUACCAAGGCCUCAAGGAGAGCUGUUUCCCUGCCCUGCUGGACCAGUUUGCUUCCUCCCACCAGUGCAACACCUUCUGUGAGAUGCUGGGGCUGAAAGCCCUCAAGGGCCCCGAGGCUGCCCAAGCCAAGGCCAAAGGCUCCAAGAGUCCAUCUGCCGGCAGGAAGGGCCCCCAGCUGAGUCCUCAGCCCCAGAAGAAAGGCCUCCCCAGCCCCCAGGGCUCCCGGAAGAGCACCCCAAGCUCCAAAGCCACUUCUCAGGCCUCAGGGGCAGUCGGCACUCAGUUACUGGGUCAGCCUCCCAGCCAAGAGGGGGGCUCCAAGGCCCAGGGCACGCGGUAG